CUCACCCCCCACAACACAACACCAGGGAGGAGAAGCAAAAGAGGAGCAGGAGAAUCAACAGGCAGCUUGACAAUUUGUAUCUCCGUGUGCUGCAUUCUCCAAGUUUGUGAAGAAUGGAGCUGACUUCACUCCUUUUUCAGUCAGGACAGCUCACUGUCACGUGGAUCUGCUGGAGGGAGCCUCUGCUGUUGAUACACUAAACAUGGCAGGACUUCCAUUCGCCAGCUCGGGUUGUCUGCAGAGGAGAUCCAAGAGGAAAACAUGAGAAAACUUUCUGCCUGCUAGAGGAGAGGCUCCUACAAACAUGAAUCCAGAAUCCCUGGAGUUGUCCAUCCAGAGCGCCCUCUCGGCCCUCUUCCCACCUUUUGAGGCCACGGCGCCCAUCGUCCUCAGCCAGCUGUUUCGCACCAUUGAUGAACGUUAUCAUGGCGACGCUCUGCAGUGUCUGCUUGACUUUCUCAUUCCCUCCAAACACUUGCUGGAGAGUGUCCAACAGGCUGCGUGUGCUGGAUACUCUGACGUGGUUUUCCGCUGUGAAGGCUGGCCUCUGUGUCUCCACGAUAAAACCGUCAUCCAGCUGGCCUCUGUUAACCCUCUCCUGUUGCGUCCCGGAGACUUCUAUCUCCAGGUGGAACCUUUUGGUGACCAGGCAGCAAGGAUUGUCCUGAAAACUCUCCUGGAGGAGGGAUGUCGAGAAGUUGAAGAGACCCCAGUCCCUGAGACGUCCUACCCUGUACUCUUCACUGAGGACUGGCUGCAGGACAUCAACAAAGGGCGCCAAGGAACAUCUCUGUCCCGUUGUUUGCUUUCCACAGAUCAGGGAGUAAUCAAGCUGCCUUGGGAUAAAAUCACCAUCCCAGAGUUUCUGGACAAGCCUAAGAUCAUGCUCAAAUGUGUUGAAGCACCUUCUGAACCUCGGAGGGUUUCUGCCUCCUCCCACUUUAACUCAUCCACCCUCCCAGUGGAGGCCUGGGUUCCCCCAUCAGAAGUUAGGAUCUCAGCAUCCCUGAGACCUGCACACUCCUCAUCCAAACUAAUUAAAAUUGAAAAUGAAAGACAAACUCCCAGAUCAGCCCCCAAACCGCUAAUCAAACCUGUGGGCUGGGUGUCUCCUAACACCUGGGAGAGCCUUAACUCUAGGGAGAUGGAGGGAGAUUAUGUAGACCUGGUGGAGAUCGCCAAAGGGAAGGAAUUUCUUGACAAUCGUAUCAAUCCACCCAAUCCAGUUUUGGUGAAACCUGUGAGACCGCCCCCACCUAUACCACUUGGAAACAGUGCCCCCUGUGGACGCAGCCUUUGGUGCACGGGUGAGUCCUGUACGCCAUGCAACCAAAGAACACUGGAGCUGGAACUCACUGAUCAAGACUUGAAGUGUCGGUACAGAGACUCUUACCUAGCUGCACUGAAAAACCCUGUCCAAUUUGAGAAAGGGAAUGUGGACCUCCUGUCUGCCUUGGAGGAGGUGAGACUGUGUGAAGACGGCGUUGAAAGAGGUACAUUUGAAACCCGAACUAAAGAACACAUGGAUAACCACUCCAAGGAACGCAGUCAGCUGUCAGGGGUUGUGUGCCAAAUCAAUUCCAGUAGUGAAUCUAAAAAUCUCACAAAGGACUCACCUUUGGUUUUAAAAUCAUGUUUGAGCCAAAGCAGCAACUUGUUUCCAACUGUACUCAUUUCUGAGCAGGCUAGACAUGCUGCCUGUGUCCACCCAGUAUCGGACAUGUCACUGGCACCCUGUGACGGUGAUGUUAAACCACACCAGAUUGUGAAGCCAUCAGGGAAACACAAAGUCAAAGUGAGGUCUUUGUCCACUGUGUCAGAGACUCCCAAAGGAAGUCCUGCUCUCUAUAAACUCAACAACAGGAGCCAAAGCGAUGUUUGUCCCCAGGCAAUCACAAGCAUAAUCCAGCAUGAAAAGAGAGAAGUGGAUCAAGUAGAAGGACAGAGACACUUUAGGAAAGCAGAUUCAAGCAGAGGUGAACCUCCAGCCAGCACAAAUGGACCAGAAUCCAAAAUGUCAGAAAAUCAAUUUUCUCCACAUGUUCAACUUCCUGCAACAAACUCUGGCUGUCAGCAGCCUCCACAGACCAAAGAAUCCGGUUCCAGGAAGAUCCGCAGCCUUCUUGAACUGGGCAUCAUUUGUUUACCAGGCAGCAGGGACAGGAACGGUAGGGCAGUGGUGGAAGUCCAUGGAGACAGGAAGGAGUGGAUGUCCCCUCUGGUGACAGCACAUAAUGUUUGUGAACUACUGCUGUAUUUACACUCCUUACCAAGGAGAGAAGUUCGAGAGCUGGGGCUGACUUUGGUCAUCAAUGCCAGGAAGAAGCCUGUCCCAGUUCACCUCUACAGAGCUCUACUGAUGGUGCAGGAGCAAACGCUCCACACCGUUCACAGCAUCAUCAUGUUAAAGGAUAAAGACAACUGUCCUCGACCUGAGAAACAUCCUGGUCUGCAGAUUGACAUGGUGACUUCAGUAAGAGCCCUAAACAAGACGGUGGAAGCUUCUCAGCUGACCUCUGACCUGGGAGGGACGUUUAUGUACAGUCAUUUCCACUGGCUGCAGUUCCACCAGAAACUAGUAUCUUUCAUGGCCGAUCUGCGAGGAGCCAACAGUUUGCUGCAUAAUGCCAUCAAGAAGGUAGAUAGCAGAAAACAGAUGCACGCUGCACAGGAAGUGCAGGAAAGCAUUCAAGAACAAAGGGUUUUAAUGAAAGAGGUACUGGAAGAUGCCGGGCUGGUAACUCUGCAAAAGGAAGGAGGGACGCUACUGGCCAGGAUGAAGAAGGAGGAGUUCAGAUUCUCACAAUCAGAAGAUUACAGAGAUGCUUUGGAGUGCAUGACAGAUCUGUACAACCAAGUGGAGGAGAAGCUGCACAUGUUGGUGAUGAGAUCCAACGAGUCUCUGCAGCAGCUGGAAUUCCUCCAUAAACUCAGAGAGACGGAGGCCAAAAUCAUCUCGGUGGGGACGUGGUUCAGUUCGGAGGGCGAACAGAGCCUGAAGAACUGUGAGACAAUAGAUGACACUCAAGUUGGCACUGAGAAGAUCUUACAGGACUUUAAUCUGCUGCUGAGUCACUCCAAGGAAAAACAACAGCUUGCUUUGAGCCUUGUGACUGAGGCAGGGGAGAUCGUUCAGAACGGCGACUCCAGUCCUGCUGCAGACGUUUUUCAGACCCUGGUUGGCACUUUUAAAUCUAACGUAGAAGACUUCAUGUUGAGGGUGGAACAGAGGAAGAAAGAUCUGGAGCCACUGAUGCAAAUCUACAGUUUCUGCGAACAGGCAUCAGCUUUUACCGAAGAGUGUAGUAGGUUUUUGGAACAGGUAGAGGACGGAUGUCUCUCAGUUCAGACCCUAACUACCAUCCAAAUGUAUGAGGAGAAGUUAGAUCGUGAAUUUUCCCCGAGAUGCUUUCAAGCUCUAAAAGCCAAAGCCCGUGCCAUGGGAGCAGGGGCCUCUGGGAUGAUGAGAAUGUGGAAUGUGGCCUGGAACCAGAGCCAAGGAGUCAAGCAGCGUUUUGAGGAGAUGCAGGAGAAGAAAAAAAGCAUAGAUAAGAAGCAGAUCCAGCCGACCACAGCUGCAACCCCUCUAGGGGAACACAGCGGAUCAGAGAGGGAGGGGGAAAGGAAUGAGCCGGGGGAGGCUGAGAGCUCUCUGAUUGUACAGUCAGUCUCUCCUAAAGAAACCGAUAAUUCUGCAGGAGAUUCAAAAGAGCGAAUGCAUGGUGCAUGCAGUGAGCUCAAGUUUGAAACCACAAUCAAAGGUAAGGAAAAGGAAGUGCCAAAGGCUCACCCAUCUCCAGAAACAAAACCUAAAAAUGAGACAGGGACUCUCAUUGUUCCUGAACAAGAUGAUUGGCGUCCAGAGUGUAAACACAGACCCAGAGAGCAUCACAGUGAAGCAGAUCUGAGCAGCUCUGUGAAAGAAGGGGAGGGUUUUCCAUCGCACCAACAUCUGGGUCGAUCUUUAAGCGAUGGCUCGUGUGUGAGGAGGUUUUCUGGAUGUUCACCCUUGAGUACAAGCCACAAACACUGUCACAGUAAGAAACACUCCCUGGAUCAGAAUCUGCCGCCCACCAAAAUUCUGCACAUGUACCGUAACGAGAGUCUGUGGCCAGGAAACCUGAACUGUGAGUCAAAACAAGACGGCGAUGAAGUGGAGGGUGAAGGAUGUGUAGCCCCCACCCAGAGGUCUAAAGAGUUAAGGUCUUCAAAGUCAUUACUCACACCAACAGAAAAUAAUGGCGGCAAUGUUUUAAAAGUCCUGAAGAUCUGGGAGGAGCUGCUUUCCACGGAGAGGGAGUACGUCAAAGCUCUGGGUUAUGUCCGAGAGCAUUACUUCCCUGAGCUGGAGAGAACAGACGUCCCUCAGGAUCUGAGGGGGCAGAGGGGGAGCGUCUUUGGCAACUUGGAGAAACUCCACGACUUUCACUGUCACCACUUCUUGGAUGAGCUGGAGGCCUGUGUGCAUGAGCCCUUCAGAGUGGGACACUGCUUUCUGCGUCAUAGAGAGAGUUUUGCUCUCUAUGCUCUUUACAGCAAAAACAAACCACAGUCCGACCGUCUACUCAUCAGUCAUGGAAAGAAGUUCUUUAAGGAAAAGCAGCUGAAGCUGGAGGAUAAAAUGGACUUAUGGUCAUAUUUGCUGAAGCCCGUGCAGCGCAUCAGUAAGUACAGCUUGCUGCUGCAGGACGUGAUGAGGGAGUGUGGACCAGAUCAAACCAGAGAGAUCUCUGAGAUCAAUGCAGCUCUGGAGGUUAUCCACUUCCAGCUUCGCCAUGGCAACAACCUGCUGGCCAUGGACGCUAUCUGCAACUGUGAUGUCAAUCUGAAAGAACAGGGUCAGCUCAGAUGUCAGGAUGAGUUCCUGGUAACAUUCAGAAAGAAGAAAUGCUUUCGUCAUAUCUUUCUCUUUCAAGAACUCAUCCUCUUUAGCAAGACUAGAAAGACAGAUGUUGGAAAUGACACAUACGUCUACAAGCAAUCCUUCAAGACGUCUGACAUAGGCAUGACCCAAAACAGUGGAGACAGUGGCUUGUGUUUUGAAAUCUGGUUCAGAAAGAGGAAAAGCCAGGACACGUACACACUGCAAGCUGUCAGCCGAGAAGUGAAGGAGGCCUGGACCAAAGAGCUGGAGCGGCUCCUGUGGGAGCAGGCGAUACACAACAGAGAGAUCCGCAUGCAGGAGAGAGUGUUUCUGGGUAUCGGGAACAAGCCUUUCAUGGACAUCCAGCCCAGUGAGGCAGCCAUCAGUGACAGAGCUGUGAACUAUGUCCUGGUGGGAAGAGAAAACAAGGUUUUCCCCUCAGUCAGGUCGUAUAGGUCACAGGGUGAGCUUCCAGGGUCUGACCCACAGUCUGUUGGUUCAGGCAGCAGCUCGUCCUCCUCCUAUUCCUCAGGACGAGGGUCCUUGUCUCCUGUGGGAUACUCCUGUGAGGCAGAGCGGAGGGCGGUGUUAGCUGGUCUCCCAGGAUAUGUGGCACUCCCUGGAGCUCUGGAGGAGGAUGACUCCAACCACGAGGGUGGAAACCAGAACUUACUGUUGGACAGCUCUGAGUCUUCGGGAGAGAGUGUGAGUGGUUUCAGCAGUUCCUGUCACAGCUAUCAGUCCGCUAUGGGAGAGGUGGACGACAGUUCCUCCGUUUGUGCUUCGAUCAUCACCGUCAGGGAGGUUGGAGCUGCUCAGUCCACUGAAGCCACCGCCGUCUUCCCAAAACAGGACUCUCUGCCAGGAUGCGCUGUGGAAAACCAGCCACCUCUUACAACACACAUCUUUUUUUAAGAUUCAGCUGCAAUGUAAUUUUUGAUUUGUGGUUUUUGUUUUGACAGGUUUAGAGCUUUGAGAUAAAUAAAAAGAAGCCUGAUUGUAAGAGCAGCCAUGAAGACAACAGAACUACAUCACCAUUCCAGACGUUACUAUAACCAGCUCUGUAAAUAAGCAUUUCUAUACCAUUACCACUAAAACAGCAGGUCACAUAUGUGUUUAUAAUUCAUCUGUGUUGUGAACAUGACCAGGGAUUUUUUUUUCUAAUCUAGAAACAUUUCUUUACACUGUAAAUUUUAGUUUUUUUGUUCAAAACAUUAUAAAAUUGUCAGUUUAUAUCAAAAACAAGUUUUUGAAGGUGCUUUUUUAAAAGUUUGGUGCUUUAUGCACAAAAACCAGUUACCUAACACGACUCAACUACAGAUAAUAGUUCAUCAGAAAAUAAGACGCGUAUGUUUUUUACAAUUGGCUUGGUGUGAAUGAUCAUAUCGACCUCAUGAAGAGUUGUACGACUUAUGUAGAAACUAGAUGCGGUCAUGUGUGUCUGCGUUGCUGUGUUGUUUUACACCUGUUCAUCCUUUUGUAAUAAACGUAACAGCACUGACA